UGCCUAUAUAACAAACCCUGCAAUAGAGUUAGCCUUGAUAAUCAUCAAUCAUGGAUAGAAGCAUCUGCAUUUUCCUCAUCCCUGUUUCUCUUCUUCUAGCAUGCCUAGUACACAACACUCACGCAGUCGACUUCAAGGUGACGAACACCGUGCCAAACACUCCUGGAGGCAGGAUGUUCGACCAAGAAAUUGGUGUUAAUUUCGCUUUAUCAAUCAUGCCAGAUAUCACCGAAUUCAUUUAUAAAGUCUUCGAAGAAACUAGGUCUGAGCAGAGAAGGCAUGUGCCUGUUGUGAAUGUAUACAUCUCCGAAUUCCCAGGUUAUGCAUACAAAAACGGUGACAACAUUAACAUAAGUGCCUCGGCACUGGACCAAUUUUACCAUCCUAGGUCAGAAUCAAAGCGGUUUUUCACUUCUUUAAUGUAUCAUGAGAUGACUCAUGUGUUCCAGUGGCACGGUAACUUUGGAGCCCCAGGAGGGCUGACGGAGGGGACUGCAGAUUAUGUCAUGGUCAAGUCGGGCUUCUACGAUCAGGCGACUUAUACUAAACCCGGUGCUGGUAAGAGGUGGGACGAAGGCUAUGGUGUGACAGAAAGGUUUUUGGAGUAUUGUGACAGUUUGCUGAAUGGUUUCACUGCAAAACUAAACCUGAAGAUGCAGUACACAUACAGCGAUAACUAUUGGGUCGAGUUGCUGGGGAAACCUGUGGAUCAGCUUUGGAGAGAGUACAAAGCCAAGUAUGGGAACCAACCUCAAGAAGCGUCUGUCGAUAUGUUUCAAGGGUUGAAGUACUGAUGGAAAUAUCCAGCUUUGUACGAGUGUUAGAUUCUAGUAGUGUUAUAUAAAGAUGGAGGAAUGUGUUGUUUCUACAAAUGUUUCCCCCAAUUAUGGAUAUGAAUUGAAUAAAAGGUCUCAGGUAUUAAAGUUUACACAGUUCAGUCUCUAUCACAAACAAACGGCAACCUACAAGUGAAACUAUAAUAUCAUAAAGUAGAGACCAAAGUAAAAGCACAAGCGAG